GUGACUUUUCCAGGACUUUGGCCUUGCUGCUGCACUUUAGGAAUAAUCCAGGCCGGAGGAGAUGGGGUCUCACCGUCUAACGUCCUGUCCCCAGGGCUUGGUGACCUUCCCUGAUGUGGCCAUGAACUUCUCCCCAGAGGAGUGGGCAUGCCUGGAUGUCUCUCAGAAGAAGCUCUACACAGAUGUGAUGCUGGAGACCUACAAGCACCUGCAGGCAGUAGGGUAUUUUGGGGUAAAACCUGCGUUAAUCUCCUGGCUAGAAGGAGGAACCCUGGGGAUGCUGCCACGAAGCCUGUUUGCUGAACUCAAGUCAGAAAUCUAUCCUUGUCCCUUCUGCUCUCUUGCCUUCUCCAGUCAGAACUUCCUCAGUCAUCACAUGAAACGAAGUCAUCUCUUGGGAACAUCUGCAAGAAAGUACCUUCAAUCAGAGAAUUCUUGUCCACCUGAUCAGAACCAAUGUUCUGAUCCAUAUAAUGACAAACCCAAGAAUGACAUACUUGAAAGUCAAAAGCACAAAGAAAGCUCCAUACAUUUGGCUAGUAGGACGAAGCAUGGAAGAAUUUCAACAGUGUUUUCUAGACUAUAUAGCAGCCAAAUAGGUAGCUCUAGUAAACAGAUAACAAUGGAGAAAGACAUUAACACAGGCCUGAAAGAAAAUCCAAAGGACACAGUUGGAGUAGUUCCAGGGAUAGACUUGUCAAUAAUUUUAAGAGAUAAGUAUGUAAGGCCUGAACAAGGCUCCAACAAUGGAUCAAAUCUCAUCACAGAUCAAAUGACUCACACUGGGGAGAAGCCCCAUGUUUGCAGGGAGUGUGGCCGUGGCUUCAGUGGGAGGUCACAUCUCAUCAAACACCAGAGUACACACACAGGGGAGAGGCCCCAUGUUUGCAAGGAGUGUGGGCGUGGCUUCAGUCGGAGGUCACAUCUCAUCAGACACCAGAGAACACACACAGGGGAGAGGGCCCAUGUUUGCGAGGAGUGUGGGCGUGGCUUCAGUCGGAGGUCAAAUCUCCUCGCACACCAGAGAAUACACACAGGAGAGAAGCCCUAUAUUUGUGGAGAGUGUGGGCGUGCAUUCAGUCUGAGGUCACAUCUCAUUACACACCAGAGAAUACACACAGGAGAGAAGCCCUAUGUUUGUAAGGAGUGUGGGCGUGCAUUCAAUGUGAGUUCACAUCUCAUCAGACACCAGAGAACACACACAGGAGAGAGGCCCUAUGUUUGCAAGGAGUGUGGGCGUGGCUUCAGUAGGAGGUCACAUCUCAUCAGACACCAGAGAACACACACAGAAGAGGGGCCCUAUGUUUGCAAGGAGUGUGGGCGUGACUUCAGUCUGAGGUCAUAUCUCAUCAGACAUCAGAGAACACACACAGGAGAGAAGCCCUAUGCUUGCAAGGAGUGUGGGCGUUGCUUCAGUCGGAGGUCACAUCUCAUCAGACACCAGAGAACACACACAGGGGAGAGGCCCCAUGUUUGCAAGGAGUGUUGGUGUGGCUUCAGUCGGAGGUCAGAUCUCAUCACACACCAGAGAACACACACAGGAGAGAAGCCCUAUAUUUGUGGGGAGUGUGGGCGUGGCUUCAGUCGGAGGUCACAUCUCAUCACUCACCAGAGAACAGACACAGGGGAGAAGCCCUAUGUUUGUGGGGAGUGUGGGCAUGGCUUCAGCAUGAUGGCAAGUCUCAUCAGACACCAAGGAUACACGGGAGAGAAGCCUCAUGUUUGUAGGAAAUGGGCAAGGCUUCAAUCAGAGGUCACAUCUCAGAAAUCAGAGGUAACAUGGGAGAAACCCUGUGUGCAGAUUGUGUAGUAAAAACACCAGAUGACAUAUGCAAGAAGCCCCAUAUUUGCAGGGAUUAUGAGCAAGGCUUUACUCUGAGAUCAAAUUUUAUCACACACUACAGGAUACACACAGG